GGGCGGCAGCAGAAGCAGAACCGGCCCAGGGCCUUUUUGUAAAUAACUUCUGCCCUUCUCCCGUUUCGUGUACUCCCGUUAAAGCCGAAACUCGUCUCCUCUCUCUCUCUCUGCCCUUCCUGCGAUCUAUUCGCUUCCUUGUGUCGCCGGCUCUCAGCUAUCUUCCCCGAUCUCUGCCCUCUCAAUUCCUCGGCUCCUGUGAUCCGGCCGAACCGGUCCGCGGACGUCUCCGCCUUGGCGCAUCUCGUGCUCUCAGUGACUUCGGGAAGAUGCCUCUCAGAUUAGACAUCAAGAGGAAACUUGCUCAAAGGUCAGAAAGGGUAAAAUCUGUGGAUCUUCAUCCAACUGAGCCAUGGAUUCUUGCGAGUCUUUAUUCUGGAACAGUUGGUAUCUGGAACUAUCAGUCACAGACAAUGGUAAAAUCUUUUGAAGUAACUGAACUACCAGUGAGAUCUGCAAAAUUUGUAGCACGCAAACAGUGGGUGGUGGCUGGUGCAGAUGAUAUGUUUAUCCGUGUCUACAAUUACAACACAAUGGACAAAGUUAAAGUAUUUGAGGCUCAUACAGACUACAUUAGGUGUCUGGCUGUACAUCCAACCCUGCCAUAUGUGUUGUCAUCAUCAGACGACAUGUUGAUAAAGCUUUGGGACUGGGAGAAGGGUUGGAUGUGUACCCAAAUUUUUGAAGGACACUCUCAUUAUGUGAUGCAAGUGACCUUUAAUCCAAAGGACACCAAUACUUUUGCAAGUGCCUCAUUGGACCGAACAGUAAAGAUCUGGAAUCUUGGUUCUCCUGACCCAAAUUUUACAUUAGAUGCUCAUUCCAAAGGUGUCAACUGUGUUGAUUAUUUUACUGGAGGCGAUAGGCCAUAUUUGAUUACUGGUUCUGAUGAUCAGACUGCCAAGGUUUGGGACUACCAAACUAAGAGUUGUAUACAAACACUCGAAGGCCAUACCCAUAACGUCUCUGCUGUAUGUUUCCAUCCUGAGCUUCCAAUUAUAAUAACAGGUUCAGAGGAUGGAACUGUUAGAAUUUGGCAUGCAACUACCUAUAGACUUGAGAAUACAUUAAACUAUGGUCUGGAACGAGUUUGGGCUAUUGGAUACAUGAAAGGAUCAAGGAGAGUUGUAAUAGGAUAUGAUGAAGGAACCAUUAUGGUGAAGAUUGGUCGUGAAGUUCCAGUUGCCAGCAUGGAGGGCAGUGGAAAAAUUAUUUGGGCAAAGCACACUGAGAUUCAAACAGUUAAUAUCAAGACAAUUGGAGCAGACUAUGAGGUCACAGAUGGUGAAAGAUUGCCUUUAGCUGUCAAGGAAUUGGGAAGCUGUGAUCUGUACCCACAAAGCUUGAAGCAUAACCCAAAUGGAAGAUUUGUUGUUGUCUGUGGAGAUGGAGAAUACAUUAUAUAUACUGCAUUGGCAUGGAGAAAUAGAUCAUUUGGAUCUGCAUUGGAAUUUGUCUGGUCUUCUGAUGGAGAGUAUGCAAUCAGGGAAAGUACAUCAAGAAUUAAGAUAUUCAGUAAAACCUUCCAGGAGAGAAAAAGCAUACGGCCAACCUUUUCUGCUGAGCAUAUUUAUGGAGGAAUACUAUUAGCAAUGUGCUCCAAUGACUUCAUUUGUUUUUAUGAUUGGGCUGAAUGUAGAUUAAUACGUCGGAUUGAUGUUGGUGUUAAGAACCUGUAUUGGGCUGAUAGUGGUGAUCUUCUAGUCAUAUCAAGUGAUACAUCAUUCUACAUACUGAAAUACAAUAUCGCCGGGAGCCAUUCCCCCGAUCUCUUCUCUGUUCACCGAUACCCUGUUCUUGAUCCUCAUCUUCUUGUGAUUGAUAGCAGCAAGGUGAGGUCUUGUUCUGUUCUGGCUGUGGAGUUGUUCUUGGUUCCGGCAACACUUCAACCAGUAGCUUCUCUGGUUCCAGCAAUCAACAGCAACUGGAUCGAGGACUCUGAUUCGAGACGGCGUCUCGACGUCGACUUUGGAUUGCGUGAUUUGUACCUUCUAUUUGAGGCGGUUUAUAUACGUUUACUAGUAAUUGGUAGAUCUUUCUCUUCUCUGGUUAUAGUUUAUUCUAUACCUGUAGACGAUUAUUAG